UCUUUGUGUCUGCUUUGCACAGAAAGGAAACCUGUUGUGCCUGUUUAAAGAUCAGUGUAGUUGGGGCUGGCCUUGUGAAAACGUGCUGCACAACUGUUCCUGGAUCUGUAAAGACUCUCCCGUCUUUUCCUUAGCACUGAGCCCCCGCCCCGCGCAGACCGACAACCAUCGCCAGUCUUUUCCUUCCACUCCACUUGAGAAACAUCCAGCAGCAUACUGCUUUCCCACGCCUCCAUAUUACGGACAGGCAAUCAAAAAUCCACCACAAGGAAUGUAUCACGCGGAAAUGGACACUUUAAACAUCGUAUGCGGGCUUUACGUGUGACUUUAAACUGGAAGGACGAUGCAAGAAUCAAACAACAAGGCAAACAGGGCCUCUGCUAUUCCCACCGGACUAGACUAACUGUGCGCAAGAAAACUUUUUCCCGAGUGCAGACGCACACUACUACUCCGCUUUUUUGUUUUUACCAGCACGGGUUUUCUUCUGGAUUAUUUGGUAAUCCGUUCUCUUUGAUAUCACUACAUUGAUAUUUCAGUGUCAUACUUACACAUUUCAAGGCAAAAUCUCAUUUAAUGGAUUUAGCGUCGCCGCACAUCAGAAAGCAGAGGACGCGCAGGUAGCAUCUAGCUUAGCCUGUUAGCUAGUGUUUUUUAACGUACACAAUAACAAGAAAGUUAGUGCAUUAACACGAACAUUUGUCAUCAUGUUGUAAGACUAACAAUUUAUCACACACACGUUUUCACCCAGUCGGUUUGACGAUUGGUUUGUUUCACAAAGUGUUGCGUAAAACUCGGUGGAAGUCAGAUUAGCCAGUCCAGCUAGCGUCCAAACAUGCCGCAGAUGAACGGAGCAGACGGGGAUGAUCUGGGAGCAAGUGAUGAACUUAUUGCCUUUAAAGACGAGGGUGAACAAGAAGAAAAGAGAAACGUGUCUUCAGAACGGGACUUGGACGAUGUCAAGUCUUCUUUAGUGAAUGAAUCGGAGACAAACAGCAGCUCAGAUUCAGAGCAGGCAGACAGACGCCCAAAGCCCAGACACGAUUUGGAGAGUAGAGCUAGACAAAGUCAACUAUUUCAAGAAGCACUGAGGAGACAGGAUGGGAGUUUGUUCCAGCCUUCCCCAUAUGCUGGCUAUCCAUUUUUUAUGAUACCAGACCUCUGCAGCCCCUAUGGAGCCCUCACACCAAGUGCACGACCAUAUCUGCCGUUCCAGUGGCCUUUGCUUGAUGUUCCUGGAAGAGCCACGAUAAGAGACUCUGCAACUCCCACUCACCUGUCAAAUAAUGUACCUGUCGUGCAACAUCCCCAUAUGCCACAUCUGCAUCCACUGCUCUCCUAUAGCCCCGAGGCCUUCUCCCCUCAGAGGGCCUCCCCCGGCUUCUCUCCUGAUGCAGGACUUUCACGAACACCAUGUUACCCAAUGUCACCAGGUGGAAUGGCUCAGAUCCCACACCCUCUUGGAUGGCUGCCUGGGCAGCCCAUGUAUCCUCUUGGAGCAGGUGGUUUCUCACCAGCGGCCCUUGCUAUGAAUGCCUCUAUGUCAGGUCUGGUGUCUGGCAGCUUUCCUCCACGUUUGGUCCCUACACCACAGUCGUCCAUCCCGCACCCGGCCAUCGUCCCAACAGUGAAGCAGGAGCCCGGAGUCUGCAGCCAGCCAGGGAAACCUGUAGUUGAGCCCCAGACAGAAAAGGAAGAUGAGAAGAAGCCUCAUAUUAAAAAGCCACUCAAUGCUUUUAUGUUGUACAUGAGGGACGAAAGGCCCAAAGUGGUGGCUCAGUGCCAAGUGAAGGAGAGUGCCACCAUCAAUCAGAUACUUGGACAGAGGUGGCACUCCUUGUCUAAAGAAGAACAAUCUAAAUACUAUGAAAUGGCACGUAAGGAAAGGCUGAUUCACUCAAAACUGUACCCAGGCUGGUCAGCCAGAGACAACUAUGGUAAAAGAAAAAAGCGUAAGAGAGCAAAGAGUGAAACCCAAAUUGAAGUGCCCUCAGCUGGUUCUGCAGAAGAUUUCUCCCCGCAGCCCAAAAGGCCAUGUGGACCUAGCGAUUCCGAGGAAACCCUGAGCCCUAUGGCCCAGCCUCACCAAUCAGUCUCGCAGGGUGCUCUGGGACACGCCCACAACCGCACACACCACACACAGUCACACGCUAUCUCUCACCUGACGCACACUCACCUGUCCCAGGCAAGCCCCGCCUCCUCCCUGGACUCUCCAGCCACUCCCACCACAGCCCUGGCCUCCCCCGCUGCUCCAGCCCCCACCCACACAGAGCACAUCCUCUCCUACAGCUCGUACAGCACACACGCCUCUCCGUAUGCUGAGCAGCUACAGCCCCUGUCCCUCACUACCAAACCUCCCCGAUCUCACAGCCACACAAGCAGUACACAACCUCUGAGGACCAGCGGGACCACCAGACCAUCCACACCUUCGUCCACCUCUGAACCCUCUCUUUCCCCAUUCCAGGCCCCCUCUCCCCCCCAAAGGGCCACUUCCAGGAGCACCACCCCUACUCUCCUCUCCCAGCCCUUCCUCAUCCCACCCAAAUCUGCCAUUCACCACUCAGCCUUACCUCAGACACAGCCUUUGUCUCUGAGACGGGCCAAUCCGCUGUGAGGCCUUUUAAAGAACUCUGAAAAGUAACAAUCAUAUAAAAAUGGACUCUAUUUGUACCUCUCCAGAACGCUGUACAUAUGCUUUCUUUUAAAAUGUUUUUAUAGAAGCUCACAUUUUAUAUUAGUAUAAAAAUAACAAAUAAUGGUCAAUAUUUGACUUCUAACCUUUCUUUAUAAACUUUAUAUGGUUCAGUCUUUUGUUGUUGUUUUUUCCUCAUUCGUUCUGUUUCUGAUCAAAUGUUUUGUGGCACAGUUGUUUGACAUGUAUUUUUCACUGGGUAGAGCUGACUUUUGUUCAAUGGUAUGUUCCUGUUUUAUAGAAAUGGUUCCUUUUAAUAUUCACUCAGUUAUGUCAAUGUAAGAAUGUUUUUCAAGUUUUUUUCCCUUCAUAAUACAAAUUAUUUGAAAGAA